AGAAACACUGAGAGCGUGGCACAGCAAUAUGUACUUUACAUAUUUAGAACUACAAUUUUUGUAUUAUGUACAAUAUUAAUUAGUUUGUCAUUAUGGUAUUUUACAUUAAAGUUGUUACAGUAGGAAUCUCAGUAAUCCAUGUCCUCAGAACAACAUUUGUUCAGUUUGUGGAUUUAGAAAUGUUUCUGGAAGGGAUAUGAAAUUUCUAACAUAUGUAUUUCAUCGAAUGAAAUAUUAAUAUACAUACAUACAUACACUAUACAAGUAAUAUUUAGCUACCUAAUAGCUAGUGAAAGCGUUGGUGAAAGGUAUUUCUGGUCCCUCGUAUGCUACACCAUUGCAACAGACGCUCAGGUAGUAAUUCCUGGAGUCGAUCGUUGCGAAGCGUGUAAAUAACUCACCUGAAUCUUAUAUCUUUUUACAUGUUUUAAAUAUAUUUUUGAAAAAAGUUUAUCGAUUAGAAUUAUUGAUUCCACGUGCAUUACUCUUCAUGCUCUAAUGGAUACAUAAAAGGACAUCUGUCUUAGCUAGAUUGACAAAUUUCUGAUUAUUAGAACAAGAUGAACGAAGGUGAGAAUAAAACUCUACUCCAAAAAUCUGACAAUAGAACAAUAGGAUCUUCAUUUGCGUUGGGAAAUGAAAAGCAUGAGGAUGAUGACCAUGAUUGGUGGGCAAGUGACAGUGGAUCAAGUUCAGGGUCAUAUUAUUCUGAUACAGGCAGCUCGGCAGUUGAAUGGGAAUCUGAAAUUGGUCCAACUGGUGAAGUAUUCUAUAUAGAAUCGCAGACAGAUACGUUUAUUGACAGUCAGAAGUCAAGUAAUGACAGAUCAGAAUCUCCACCGCCUGAAUUGACAAGGCGGCGUAGUACAAGAGCAGGAAAAUUGAUGCGUCUUAUAAAACGUAGAGAAAGUAAAAGAUACAGCGUGAGAAAUAAAAAAUCUACUGGAACUGGAUUGGAGCAUGCUGAGAGUCAACAACAAAAAGGUGGCAAUGGAAGUAAGGAAGUUACUUUCAGGGAUUCUCAGGCAGGAGAAAUUCGAUAUGUCACUUUAUUGGUAGAUCCGGAUAAAAAGCAUAAAUUAGGAAGAAGGGCAACAUUGUGCGAAGCUUAUUUGGGAAUUACGCCGAGUACUUUUUCAGACAAAGUUAGAGUAAUGGUAGCAGGAUUUAUUUCUGAUGGAGAAGCUAUAAGAAAUAAAAGUAUUAAAAUUGGAGAUUGGCUAAAAAGUAUAAAUUCAAGGGAGGUCACAUUUCAGAACUUAGAGCAUAUCCUGUCUGGAAUAUCAGCAGCCACCAAUAUAAGAUUGGAAUUGCAGAGAGUUACAGGAAUUGAAGUAACUACCAGUUCACCAAUAACAAAUUCUCCAAAGCAAUCAGUAUUGGUACGUCAACUAGUGAACAAGGAAGAAGUCAAGGUCUUUAUGGAAUCACUUCUAGAUCUAUUUAUUGGGGUGAUAUAUUUAAAAACAACAGGUCUUUCUGAAACGGGUCCAGAAUUACAAGGUGUACUGUACAGCUUCCCAUGUUCUCAGAGUGUAAAUACUCAGACUUUUUUAUGCACUGCCAGAGGUGCCUUUAUUACACUUAAUCACAUGCUUCCUGGAAUGACAGGACCACCGCCAAUCAGCACUAGUGUAUCUUUAGCUGGUGAGAUAAUCCAUAUCAUUUAUACAACUUGUGGAGAUGAUUUAUUUUUAAUGGCAGUGCCUGAUAAACGAUGCAGUUUGCUAGAGAGUAUAGAACUGUCUGGAGAUAUUGUACGCGCUCUAGAAUUUAAUUACGAAACAUUAUCUAAAUGCUUUACAACGAAGGAUAUACAUCCUGCAUUAGACCACUUUUUCGCAUUACUAUUCUUCCGAUUAAUAAACGGUAAAAAAUGUCCAGAAACCAAUGAUUCGUAUGAGAACAUUGUUAACUUGAGAGAUGAAUUAAUAUCCUUACAAAAGUGUGAAUUUGAAAAUUUCCUCUCGGCUGCUCAUUUGAUCCAAUUGCCAAGAGAUGCACAAAUUCAAAUUGAUGCUGCCUUAAAUGAGAUGGAAGCUAUGGACUAUAGGGAUUGGAAUGAAGACCCAAUGGACUGCCAGAGAUUAUAUACAAUACUGGGAAGUUGUCUCUACCACAAAAAUUAUUUGUUGGGCUCUCACUUAGCUCAUGAAGAUUUAAUAGUAGUCCAUUCAUUUCUCCGGCAAAAUGGACUAUUACAUCUUGUCAAGAAUGAACCUGUGAAGUCUUUGAUAAUUUUUAGACAAGUAUACCCACCAUCCUGUACACGCAAAGAUACGGAAAACGAAGCAUGUCAAUUAUUAGGCUCAGGGAAAAAAUGGUUUUUACUUGUUGUCGGGUAUGGCUAUGAGUUACUAGCAGUUCUCUUAGAAUCUGGUGGCUGUACAGCGAGCCACAUAGAAAAUACAGGUCCAGACAUAUUUUAUGUAGAGGAAGCUCAGGAGACUUUGAAGCACAUACAAAAAAUUGGAAUAUCGACUUUAGUUGGAAAAUGGAUUUCUGCUAAUGCAAGACCUGAAGUUAUUUCUGUGGAGGAUCGUAUAGCAGUCAAAACAUCAUCAAGUAUAGCAGAAAAUUUGUUAGGCCUUAUUAAAUCAUCAGAUGCUCAAAGCACAUUCCACAAAAUGACUCCAAACUCGACAGUUACGAAGAAGACACCAGAGGUAGCUUCAAUAUUGAAAAAGCGUAGCCCAGAACAAAGUCCCAUAAUGUCAGGUUCAGUUUAUUCUUUACAAAUGUCUGAGGACUCCAUAAGCCAGGGCACAGGAGCAAUAAGUGAAAUCAGUGACGAAGCUGCACCAAUUUUAGGCAGAAGAGCAACAAGAGAACGUAACAAUGCCACUUCAAAAAAUUCAGAAGAUAGUGAUUCAGAUGUGGAUAUGUACAGAAAUGACUGUCAAGUGGGUACAAUGGAUAUUUCGGACAUCAGAGAGAAUUUACUAAAUCAAGCAGAAUAUAUUGUCCCAAAGAAAUUAACGUCUGGAGAAAAAAAUGUUCUCUUUCAUUAUAUCCACUUAGAUAUGCUUGAGGGUAUACUGCUAUCAUCGGAAACUGCAGAAAAUUCUCUAAAGAAUGCUAAGAUUUUAACUAACUUCAACAGAUGCGCACACAUUAUUCAUAAAUUAUUACACAACACGGUGAGAUUUAAGAAGAUGUUAAGUCAAGAUAUGGAUAAAUCUGUGAUUAACAAAAGUCUUAUUGCUAUUAAAGAACAUGGUGUUCUGUUUGAAUGGGAUAGUUUAUCGUAUUGGGUGAUUGGACGAUUGUAUACCACACCGCAUCCUAAAGAAUUAUAUGUCUGUUAUCAAGACACAGCACCACAGAAUUUGGUUGAAAUGGCAUUUAGACUAAAUUCGAUGUGGAAUUAA